CUGUCUGGUCUCAGCUAUCUUUGUGUGAAAAAAAGAAAGAAACUUCGUUUAUUUUUCUUCAUCUCUUUCCUCUUGUUUAUUGGUCUUAGUCCUUUUAGUCAUGGACAUUCAAACCCCGGAGAAAAAUCAUUCCUCAGGGCACGAGAGCCACGGAGUUCAUUUAUGUCACAAAUGUGGGUGGCCAUUUCCAAACCCUCAUCCAAGUGCAAAACAGAGGCGUUCUCACAAGAAGAUCUGUGGAACCAUUGAAGGUCACAAGCUAUUUAAUUCAGCUGAGGAACCACUUUAUGGAGAGUGUCACAAAACCCCCUUUGCUGGAGUUCCUAAAGUUGUGGAAAGCUGUAAUUUGGAGAAACAUAUUGGUGGAGUUGGAGCGAUUUCCGUCCGAUCGGAAGAUGAAGUCUUUUCCGAUGCGGAGAUGGAGUUUCAAGAGGGUGGUUUUGGUCUGGGAAGGCAAGACAGUGUUGCUGGCAAUGAUCUUACUCCCACUGUUUCUUUCAAAGACUGUGAAGAUACCUGUGAUGUAAUUGCAAUCGAAACGGAACCACUAAUGGACGUCCCGGAAGAGAGAGGAAAACUCGGUGGUGAUGGUACGGUGGCAGAAGGCUCUGUUAGGCAGGAUGUCUCGGAGGAGAGUAGGGAAGUCGGUAGCAGUGAUAAGGUGGUCAAAUGCUCUCUUAGGCUGGAGACUGAUACUGAAGAUGGUGAAAUAUCUGAAACCGUGUCUAUGUCUGAAACGAGACCGGAUGGAACUUCAGGUACGGUUUUGAACGAUGUAAUGGUUCAAUUGGAGGAAGAGGUUGGUGACAGGUUGGCUUGUAGAACAUCCAUUAAUAAAAAUGCUGAGCAAGAGGCUGAUGAAAACGGAAACCUGGGGAUUAAUUUAGAAGAGAACCUAAUGAAUGUUGUAGAAUCGAACUCUGAGCAAGCUUGUGCAACAUCCGAGGGGACAGAUGAUAUAACUUUGAAUACUCGGUUGGCUGAUAAAAUUGUUGAAGAUAAAGAGAACGGCGAUGAGUUGGCUCUCAGCAUGGUUACUGAUGAUCUUUCCCCUAAAGCUGAAUCUGCAAAAGACAUUGAUGCUUCUUUGUAUACCUCUCAAAUACUGACUGAUGCAGCACUAGUUACAGUGUCUGAUACUUCUUUCGAUUCAAAUGAGGACUACGACAAAACGGAAGAUGAUAACAUGGUGAAAUUGUCCGAAUUGGAGACCUUAGCUUCUGAAGAAAUCAUUGUUGACGAGAAAGAUGAAGAUAGAGACCGUGUUUCCCAUGAGAAAUCCGAUACUUUCCCAUUGAAUAAGCUGAAUGAAGACAGCAAAGCAGAUACUUCACGUACUCGUGUUGCUGAAGAUAUCUAUAAACUCGACCGAAAUAAUCCGGCUAUUGUUAAAGAAGGGCUUGUUGAGGGGAAAGCUGAUAUGAUUCAGCUCGACAAAGGGUCGGAUGCAUUGGGGUCCCUUGUUGAUGCUGAUACAACUGAGAACGAGACAGGCUCAGAAGUCUGCUCUCUUGAAGAAAAGCAGCCCGUUUAUGUUGAGGCCAGAAAGUUAAAUAAUGUGUAUGGCAGUGAUGAUAUGGAUGUUCCUGAAUCUGCAAGAACUGGGGUAAUCGAUUUAGCUGAAAUUGACGAUACGAGAAGAAUCGAUGACAAAAAUAAUGUGAAAAGCAUGCUAAUAUCGGAUUCUUCUGUGUCCCAAACCAACCCUGCACUGAACUUACUUGAAGAUUCCAAAUCUGAAUCGGUUAUCCGUCAUCAUCAAUCCCCAGUUCUCACAAAGGAAGGUAGUAAUGAAUAUACGAGAGCCUUACCGGAAACCGAAGGUCCACACUCGAAUAGAGUUUGGAACAGUCCAGGUGACAUAAAGGAAUCCAAAAUAAGCAGGGAUGACAAGGAACAAGGAGAGUGCGUGGGCGAGGUUAUGGCUUCUGUGGUAGAGAACAGCGGAGGAAACGAGUUUGAUGAAUCUUCACUGGACCAGUUGAACAAGGAGUGGAUACAUCCAGAUACCGAGCCUGCCACUCAAAAUUCUGAUGCUGUUGAUGAUAGUCGUACCGGAGAGUCCAGAGCAGAAAUGUCGGGGUCUAGCACUAUAAGUUUGCAAGGGGAGGUCGAUAAUUGCUCUAUUAAACCUCAACUUGGUGCAACCAUUGGUGACGUUUCGAAAUCAAGUAGUCAAGCCGAUAGCUUGGAUGGUCAGUGGGGAUCCGUUUCAGUUAUUUCAACCCGAUCAGACAACCCGCUGAUAACCGACUCACACCUGUCGUCGGAACAGGAGAAAGCCACCAGAAAGAAACCAACAGUUGCAUCAGGAGAACAACUCGAUAAAGCCGAUGAAUUCGAGCCACCAUCUUUCAUGACAUUGGUUGAACCCGGAGGUACCGAUCAAACCGCCACCGCCGUGCCACUACAAGCAGGCUGGUUUCCUUCUCUCACUCACACGGCAAACGAAUCACACGGAAGAAAGAAGAACGAAGAGAUCAUAGCAAAGGUAACAAACUGGAAUGCGAAGCAACACACUCCGCUCAAGAGCCUACUUGGUGAAGCCAUUAAUGAGACGAAGCCAAAGUCCCCGAUCUCAAAUGUAGCCAUGGUUACUAAAGUUAGCUCAAUUCUGGGACCUGAAUCACCUGAUGCCGAACCGACCGAUGUCGAAACAACGCAAGAAUGGAAUUCUCCGGCAAGGUAUGAAGCUGAUAUUAAAAAGGAGAAGAGGAAAGUGAAAGGUAGGCCACUUUGGGCACAGUUUGUGUGCUGUUCGUAUGUAAAUUAGGAUCAUAAAUGCUCCCAAUGAACUGAAUUUUGAUUAUGCUAGACAUUAUCGAGUGGUGAUU